AUGCAAAGCGCAUCUCGGCAACUGUCGGGAUCAACACUCGGCCGACAACGAGCGACAGCGUCCGUUGCGCCGUGUAAUGCGGGCAGCGAUUUGGGCGUGCGACAACGCAUUCAGGCUGGCCUUGCGCGGAUAAGCGGAGUGCGAAUCACCCCCGUGCAGACACCCGCGCGCGGAAGAGCAGCGCCAUCCGCGGAAGGGGCGCGCAGGCGCGGGGGGUUGGCGGUUCGCGCCGUGGAGGAUCACCAGCUAGCGCCGCUGCCGUACCAGCUGGACGCAUUAGAGCCACACAUCUCGCAGUCGGCGCUGGAAGCCCAUUGGUCGGGGCACCACGGGCGCCAGCUGGUGGCGCUGAACCGCCAGCUGGACGCUGACCUGGCGCUGAAGCGGCUGCCAUUGGAGGAGCUGGUGAAGGUGGCUUAUAACGGGGGCAACCCCCUUCCCUGCUUCAACCUCGCUGCUGAGGCGUGGAAUCACGAGUUCUUCUUCUCGGGAUUGCAGCCGGCAGAUGAGACAGCAGGCAGGGAGGAGGGCAAUCGGCCAGAGGGGGAGGUGCUGCGGCUGGUGGAGCGCGACUUUGGGUCGGUGGAGGGGUUUCAGAGGGAGUUCCGCCAGGCGUGCGCCUUGUCGUUCGGGUCAGGAUACGUGUGGCUCUCAGCCAAGGUGGACACGGUUGUUCCAGAGGAGUGGCUUGCAGACAUGCGAGUGCCCAACACGUAUCGCUUGCAGGUGGCACAUCUGCGAGUGGAGAGGACAGUCAAUGCCUUCAACCCGCUUGUCUUUGACCGCAUCCCCUUGGCAGUGCUUGACUUGUGGGAGCAUGCCUACCUCUCGGACUAUCCCAAUAACAGAUCAGCUUAUGUAGAGGCAUUCUUGCAGCACCUGAUGUCAUGGGAUGCGGUGGCAGCACGAGUGGACCGGGCCAAGUCGCUCACCAACUUCUGGGAGAUGCCAGCUCCUCCCGACGCCUUCAUCCGCCCAGGAUUCGUUGCUGACCGUCCGAUCCCGCUCGAUGCUCUCAAGAGCAUCAAAUGA